AUGUUAAAAAGUGAAAUGAUAGAAUGUGAGAGCAAUGAAAUGUCAAUUGAAGAGGAUGAGAACAUAGUGGAGCACGUGAUGGAUUUUCUGCAUUUGGGAUGGACGGGAGUUUAUUCAAGAGAACUCUUAAUAAGUUUGCAAAAUACUACACAAUUUGAUGAUGAAUCACUUGGUUAUGCAAUGAUUGGCAUGUCAGAAAUAUUGCAACUCAUUGAAAAAGCAGAUGAGUUUGGUAUUCCCUGUUUAAUAGAGGCUAUUGCUCAAACAAUGAACGAGUAUAAUGCCAUGAUUUAUGUCAAAAAAUCCUUAACAAUAAUUGACGAGCUGCGAGCAAUAAUCUGGGAUCAUGCCGCACGUAUUGUUGCAGAAAAUAUAACAUGCGUGAUAUCAGAUCAUAUUUAUGACUGCGAAAAUUAUCGAGAGUCAGGUGGAUCUUGGAGUUAUCCCACGUUGGAUCAGCAUAUCGAAAGGGAAAACAAUUUGCGUAGUUGGUACGAACGACUCUCAAUCACAAACGUUGUGGAACAACUUGUUUUAUUUCAAAAGAACAUUUUUAUACAUGCAAUUACUACUCUACCAUUGGAUUUUUUGUUAAAAGUCUUGAAGUGUGAAUCCUUUUCAGAAAAUACACACAACGUGAUUGCUUAUAUAUGCAUGUGGUUGUUACAAAAUUUUACUGAUGACAACGAUAACAGCUUGGAACAGAUUUUCCAAAUAUUAAGAUCUAUUGAUCUCGCUGCUUGCAGUUUGGAAUUUAUUAAUCUCUUUAUUGUGAGAAUAUUUAUGGAGUUGUUAAAGAUGAGAGGUCUAACAGAACUGUAUAACAAUACUUCAAGUUUAGUGAUUCGAAGCGCCUUAAAUAUGUUACAAGGAACGAAUGUUAGACACAUGAUUAACGAUAUUAGCGAAACACUCCUAAAUUCAAUGUUGAAACAAUUCCACCACCACUACCAAAACAACGCAGAAAACUGCCCCUCUUUCAAUGAAGCCGUUCUACGAUUGUGGCUUCGAAAUAUUGAUAGGAAAUCCUGGAACGAAUUCCAACUCGUGCACCAAGAUCCGUUUAAUUCCAUCACCUCCAAGCUCUUGAAUACAAUAGAAACAAAUCAUCAUUUUAAACAAUACACCUUAGACUUGAUGGGAGCUUGCCUGACACAUGUGUUGGAAGAAACGUUUCCUCAAUCAAGCCGUCAUCCCAACCACUCUAUGAACAAGCAUCAGAUCCCCAAAACCGAACAACUCCAUCAAAAAGUACUUCUACUAGGAUUAGACGACAGCGGUAAAACAUCAUUACUGUACAAAUUGACAAACAAAGAAAACCAAGAUCAAUAUUCCACCAUUGGGUACAAUGCUGAAAAAGCUCUCUUUGGACCUGUGGUAUUGAAUAUUUGGGACAUUGGAGGUUCUCUCAUAAUGAGACCGCUAUGGAAACAAUUCAUCAACGAUUGUGAUGCACUGAUUUAUGUGAUAGAUGCCUCCAAUCCAGAUCGAUUCCAUGAAGCCUUAGAAUCGCUUGACACAUACUUGGACUAUUCACUUCUCAAACCAGGUUGCAGUUUCAUCAUCUAUGCCAACAAGAUGGAUCUUGUUUCCAAUAAGACACAAAGAGUACGAGAAAUUCGAACGAUAUUUUCUGAGAAAUCCAAGCUCGUUUCAAAAGUUGAAAUACGACGGGUCCUCUCAACAACACCACUUUACUAA